AUGAUGACCAACGAUGCUAGCAACCACAGGAACCACUUAAAUCAUGUUAACGGCAAUCCAGAAAACAUCAGCUUCCCCGACAGCACUAAUUAUACUACCAACAUUCAUAACAACAACAACAGCAACAACUAUAUUAACAGCAACAACAGCAUCAACAACAACAAAGACGUCACCAACAACAACAACACUAACACGAGUAAGGAAAUGGCGAAACGAAGAUUCUCCAUAAGCAGCACAUCCACCGAGAACAUCCUUCUGGAAGCUGACCUCCUACUUACUUCCGCCAAAAACUCUAACUCAUUUUAUAACGACGAACCAGGUUUGAAAAAUUUUAAUAAAAUUUUUAAGAAGUAUUCAAACAAUUCGUUCAAAAAUGUCGAGAAAACUGGAUCAAUGUCCGCUCAUGUUCCUCCUCGAAUCAGGACUCAAAGUUGCACGGUACCAGCGCUCUGUGACGUCAGAGUGAAUGACGUCAUCAAGUUCAGUCAGAAGUUGGGGAGGAUGAGUGAGGGUAGGGUGGUUUUUGUCGGCAACCUGCCAAACAAGAAGGACGUUUAUUUGGGAUUGGAGCUGAAAAACGAAGGUUGUUGUGUUCUUUCCGAUAAUGUUGCAUGUGGUUGA